AUGCUCUCGGCCCUCGCCCGAACGCUGCGGCUUCCGAUGCAGCCGCCAGCGCCGGUGCGGCUCAUGGCAAAGCGCGCCGCGCAGGCACCAAAGCCGCGAGACUCGGCCAAGGUGGCCAAUCUCUUCAAGCGCGGAGCACGCGGCCUCUUCGGCGGAAAGAUGAUCCAGUUUGGAAACAUCAUCUCGUUCUCCAACAAAAAGUCGCGGCGGACAUGGAAGCCCAACGUGCAGAGCAAGCGCUUUUGGAGCGAGACGUACAACCGCUUCCUCCACUUUCGCGCGGCGAUUCAGAUGAGCAAGAACCUGCGGCGGAUACACGCAUCGCGGGCCGAGAACCUGGAGCCCGCCGAGACCAACGCGCAGGGCGUGCUCUCCUACCGCCCGCUCGACGCGGUCAGAGAGUGCGGGCCGGUGGGCGGGCCGCAGGGGAACCGUGAGUCUCACUCUAUAUGA